AGGGGGCGGUCGCGGCCGCGCUGGGUUAGUUGUCAGUGUGUGUGGUGGCGGCGGCGGAGACUCAGAGUUCUACCUUGUAAAUACUGUUAUUUGUAUAUACUGUAAAUGAUGACAUCGGUGGGCACUAACCGAGCCCGGGGAAGCUGGGAGCAGACGCAGACGCAGAACCAGGCACAACACAAGCAGCGGCCACAGGCCACUGCGGAGCAAAUUCGCCUUGCGCAGAUGAUAUCGGACCACAACGACGCUGACUUCGAGGAGAAGGUGAAACAACUGAUUGACAUCACAGGCAAGAACCAGGAUGAGUGUGUGAUCGCCCUGCACGACUGCAACGGGGAUGUGAACAGAGCCAUCAAUGUGCUGUUGGAGGGGAACCCGGACACGCAUUCCUGGGAGAUGGUGGGGAAAAAGAAGGGUGUUUCAGGACAGAAAGACAGCGGACAGAUGGAACCCAGCGAAGAAGGCAAAGAGAACCGAGAGAGGGAGAGGGACUUCAGCCGGCGACGGGGCGGUGCAUUGCCAAGAAGGGGCCGGGGAGCUAGCCGUGGAAGAGAAUUUCGGGGCCAGGAGAACGGACUGGACGGGGGCAAGACAGGUGGAUCUUCUGGAAGAGGCACAGAGAGAGGGCGACGGGGCCGCGGGCGAGGCAGAGGUGGCUCUGGAAGGCGGGGAGGAAGGUUUUCGGCCCAAGGCAUGGGAACCUUCAACCCCGCGGAUUACGCAGAGCCCGCUAGCACAGAAGAAGGUUAUGGGAAUUGCACCAGCAAUACGUGGAACAACACUGGGAGUUUUGAGCCGGACGACGGAACGAGAGUUGAUUACAUUAGGGGUGAGGGGUCAAAUUAUCCCCGAAAAUUUGACACUGCUCCUGGUACGAGAAAUCCAGGUGCCUGGAGGACAGCAACAGAGGAAUGGGGGACUGAGGACUGGAAUGAAGAUCUUUCAGAGACCAAGAUCUUCACUGCAUCCAACGUCUCCUCUGUGCCCCUGCCUGCUGAAAAUGUGACCAUCACGGCUGGACAGAGAAUCGACCUGGCCGUGCUGCUAGGAAAGACCCCUUCUUCUCUGGAGAACGAGUCGCCCAACCUGGAUUCCUCACAGGCCCCGGCUCUCAGCCAGCCGCUGGUGUUCAGCAAUUCCAAGCAGAGCACCAUAUCCCAGCCGAGCUCGGGGAACACCUUCUCUCACCAUGGCAUGGUCAGCAUGCUGGGGAAGGGGUUCAGCGACGUCGGCGAGGCCAAAAGCAGCGGCGGAGCCAACGCUGCCACCACCACCGGCUCGCAGUUCCUGGAGCAGUUCAAGACAGCUCAGGCUCUGGCACAGCUGGCCGCUCAGCACCCCCAGCCAUCCGGGAGCAGCAGCAGCAGCACGGCCACCUCCUGGGAUCUCAGCACCACAGGCCCGUCCUCAUCUCUCGUGCAGUACGAUCUGAAGAACCCGUCGGAAUCUGCCGUGCACAGCCCUUUCUCCAAGCGGCAGGCCUUCCCUCCCGCCUCCACCAUGAUGGAAGUGUUCCUGCAGGACAAGCAGCCUGUGGCGACGUCUUCCAUCACGGCCCCACCGCCCCCGUCGUCCCCCCUGGCCAGCAAAACCAACCCUGUCCCCCAGAUGUCCCCGGGCUCUUCAGACAACCAGUCCUCAAGUCCUCAGCCAGCUCAGCAGAAGUUGAAACAACAGAAGAAGAAAGCUUCCUUAACAUCAAAGAUCCCUGCGCUGGCGGUGGAGAUGCCCGGCUCCGCGGAUAUCUCGGGGCUCAACUUGCAGUUCGGGGCGCUGCAGUUCGGUUCGGAGCCCGUGCUCUCGGAGUACGAGUCGACGCCUGCCACGAGCGCCUCCGCGAGCCAGCCCCCGGGCAGCCUGUACACGAGUACUACCAGCGACUCGCUGUCCACGAUUUCGUCCAAUAAGAGCCAAGAGUCGGGUUACCAGAGUGGCACCAUGCCUACAGCAACGUAUACCUCCCAGAACAGUGCUCAGGGACCCCUGUACGAGCAGAGAUCCACUCAGACCCGGCGAUACCCAAACUCCAUUUCCUCCUCACCCCAAAAAGACUUGACCCAGGCCAAGAACGGCUUCAGCUCGGUGCCGCCCACGCAGUUGCAUACCACACAGACAGCUGAAGGUUCUGCAGGUCCCGCUGUGAAAUCUGACUCCCCCUCUGCCCCAAGCAUCACGACCCCUCUCAGUGACACUGUGUCCGCGGCAUCCCUGCUUACCACGGCCACCCAGCAUUCAUCGGUGCUCAGCAGCCUGAAUCACACCGAGGAGCUCCCCAGCACGGCCACCACGCAACACAGCAGCACGUUACCGACCCAGCAAAACAGCCUGUCCUCCUCCACUUCCUCCGGUCGCACGUCAACUUCCACUCUCCUGCAUACCAGCGUGGAGAGCGAAGCCGGGCUCCAUUCUUCUGCAAGCACUUUCUCCACCUCCUCCAGCACCGUCUCGGCCGCGCCGCCCGUGGUCAGCGCCUCGUCGAGCCUCAGCAGCGUCAGUAGCCUGGGCCUGAGCCUCAGCAGCAACUCCACGGUGACGGCCACCACCCGCAGCUCAGUGGCCACGACGUCAGGAAAGGCUCCUCCCAACCUGCCUCCCGGCGUGCCGCCGUUGCUGCCGAACCCGUACAUCAUGGCUCCGGGGCUGUUGCACGCCUACCCGCCCCAGGUCUACGGCUAUGACGAUCUACAGAUGCUUCAGACAAGGUUCCCGUUGGACUACUACAGCAUCCCGUUCCCCACGCCGACUACUCAGCUGACUGGAAGGGACGCAAGCUUGACUAGCAACCCUUACUCGGGUGACCUCACAAAGUUUGGCCGUGGCGAUGCCUCCUCCCCUGCGCCAGCCACCACCCUGGCACAGCCUCAGCAGAACCAGACGCAAACGCACCACACCACCCAACAGACGUUCCUCAACCCGGCCCUGCCGCCCGGCUACAGCUACACCAGCCUGCCGUACUAUACCGGAGUCCCGGGGUUGCCCAGCACCUUCCAGUACGGGCCAGCUGUGUUCCCCGUGGCUCCCACUUCUUCCAAACAGCACAGCGUGAAUGUCAGCGUCAACGCUUCGGCCGCCCCUUUUCAGCAGCCCAGCGGCUACGGCUCCCAUGGAUACAGCACUGGUGUGUCGGUAACAUCCAGUAAUACAGGAGUGCCAGACAUUUCCGGCUCUGUCUAUUCCAAAACGCAGCAGUCAUUCGAGAAGCAGGGAUUUCACACCGGGACCCCGGCGGCCUCCUUCAGCCUGCCGUCUGCGCUGGGCAGCGGCGGCCCCCUCAACCCGGCCACUGCUGCGGCGUAUCCGCCAGCCCCGUUCAUGCACAUCCUGGCGCCCCAUCAGCAGGCGCACUCCCAGAUCUUGCAUCACCACUUGCAGCAGGACGGGCAGUCGAUUCUGUACUUCCAACAUCAGCAGGAAGACCAGAGUGGCACCGGCCAGCGUAGCCAGGGCAGUUCCAUCCCGCAGAAAUCACAGGCCAACAAAUCCGCCUACAACAGCUACAACUGGGGCGCCAACUGAGGGGCUUUGAGGCGCCCCCCCCCCCACUUCAACCAAGAGAUGGACAGAAGAACGACAGCGACCUAACCAAGACGGAAGGACCCCCCUCCCCCCUCCCCACCCCUGGGAGAAGAGCUCCCCUGCUCUUGGCACGGCCCUGCAGCCCCCGGCAAGCCUGGCCAGCACGGCUGGGCUUUGCGAUCUCCCCCCAGCCAACUUUACCCCCCCUAUCGUAUGUAAUAUAGAAUUUGUAUCUUCUCCCCCCCCCCCCCUUUUGUUUUUGUUUUUUCUGCAUUCAUUCAGAUUACGAGCUGUUCAGCCGUAGGGGCCUUUUUUUUUUCUUUUUCUUUUUCUACUCCUUUACUUCUCUUACCCCGUCCCCCACAAAAAAAGUACCGCCCGGCGGAUCCAAAGGAGUCAACACCUGGAAUCCUUUCCCUGCCCCCCCUACAAUGCCCUGCCCUUUAUUAUUAGGAAUAAGAGCAGUAAUUGAUAUGAACCGCGUUGUAAGAUUAAUUAGUUGAAGUGUUUUUUUGUACUGUGUUCUAAAUUUAAUGGAUAAAUGUGUCUUGUAUAUAAAAACGAAAACCCCA